GCGCGGCCGCCAUCCCUCCGCCUUGAGACAGCCCGCGGGGGGAUGCGAGCGGGGCUGCCCCUGCUGCCCGCCCCGCCGCAGGAUGUAGCCGCCCUCGGCUCCGCACAGCCCCGCACCGCCUCGCUGGGAGCCCGCAGGAGGAGCUCUGGGGCAUGGAGGGGAAGGAGAGGUGAGGAGAGCCGGCCCCUGAGCGCCCUGCCCCACGCCGCACCUUGGAGCGUCCAGCCUGAGGGGGACCAGCGAUGCCUCUGGGGAUGAAUAAGCAUGGAUCUCGCUCUACUACCUCUUUGCCUCCGGACCCCACGGAGAUCGUCAGGAGCAAGGCCUGCUCCCGAAGGGUCAAGCUCAACGUGGGGGGGUUGGCCCACGAGGUUCUCUGGCGGACCUUGGACAGGUUGCCACGGACCAGGCUGGGUAAGCUCAGAGACUGCAACACACACGACUCCCUCAUGGAGAUCUGUGAUGACUACAACCUGGAGGAGAACGAGUACUUUUUCGACAGGCAUCCCGGGGCAUUCACCUCAAUUUUGAACUUCUACCGUACUGGCAAGCUGCACAUGAUGGAGGAGAUGUGCGCCUUGUCCUUCAGCCAGGAGCUGGACUACUGGGGAGUGGAUGAGAUCUACCUGGAGUCUUGCUGCCAGGCCCGCUACCACCAGAAGAAGGAGCAGAUGAAUGAGGAGCUGAAGAGAGAAGCUGAGACACUGAGGGAAAGGGAAGGGGAGGAAUUUGAUAACACUUGCUGUGCUGAAAAGCGGAAAAAGCUCUGGGACCUCCUGGAGAAGCCCAACUCCUCUGUAGCGGCCAAGAUUCUGGCAAUCAUUUCCAUCAUGUUUAUCGUACUAUCUACUAUUGCCUUGUCCCUUAACACACUUCCUGAACUACAAGGCGUGGAUGAAUUUGGGCAGACCACAGAUAACCCCCAGCUUGCCCACGUGGAAGCAGUGUGCAUUGCCUGGUUUACCAUGGAAUACCUCUUGCGGUUCCUGUCCUCACCUAAGAAAUGGAAGUUUUUCAAAGGCCCACUGAACGCUAUCGAUUUGCUCGCUAUCUUACCCUACUAUGUCACCAUCUUCCUCACAGAAUCCAAUAAAAGUGUACUUCAGUUCCAAAAUGUACGACGGGUGGUCCAAAUAUUUCGGAUUAUGAGGAUACUCCGGAUUCUAAAGCUCGCCCGGCACUCAACUGGUUUACAGUCCUUGGGGUUUACACUGAGGAGGAGUUACAAUGAGCUUGGAUUACUCAUCUUGUUUUUGGCCAUGGGCAUUAUGAUCUUUUCCAGUUUAGUGUUUUUUGCAGAAAAGGAUGAGGAUGAUACAAAAUUCAAGAGCAUCCCAGCUUCUUUCUGGUGGGCAACAAUCACCAUGACAACGGUAGGCUAUGGAGAUAUAUACCCCAAAACACUUUUAGGUAAAAUAGUAGGAGGACUGUGUUGCAUUGCUGGAGUGCUGGUGAUCGCUCUUCCCAUCCCAAUUAUUGUCAAUAAUUUCUCUGAGUUCUACAAAGAACAGAAGAGGCAGGAGAAAGCCAUUAAGCGCAGGGAAGCUCUUGAAAGAGCAAAGAGGAAUGGCAGUAUUGUGUCCAUGAACAUGAAGGAUGCAUUUGCUCGUAGUAUAGAACUUAUGGACAUCGUGGUUGAAAAGAAUGGGGAAAACAUAUCCAAAAAGGAUAAAGUUCAGGACAAUCAUUUAUCUCCCAGUAAAUGGAAAUGGACCAAGAGGACACUCUCUGAAACUAGCUCUAGUAAAUCUUUUGAAACUAAGGAACAAGGAUCUCCAGAAAAAGCCAGGUCAUCUUCAAGUCCCCAGCACCUGAAUGUCCAGCAGCUAGAGGACAUGUAUAACAAAAUGGCAAAGACUCAGUCCCAGCCAAACCUUAAUACUAAAGAUUCGAGUCAACCUGGAAAGCAAAAGGAAGAGCUAGAAAUGGAAACCCUUCCCGGCCCUAUGGUGCCCUUGCUGACGACUCGCACUGAUGGGAUCAUUGACAUGAGGAGCAUGUCCAGCAUUGACAGCUUCAUCAGCUGUGCAGCAGAGUUCCCUGACACUGGGAGGUUUUCCCACAGCCCUCUUGCUACCCUUCCCUGCAAAGGCAGCAUCAACGUGAUUCAGGAGCAGAGCAGGCAUGAGGGGAGCAGUUCCAGAUUUGUGGAAAUGAUCCCAAGCUCUGAAGGCAGCCAGCGUUCAGCUUUUUUCAUAGAAAGUCCCAAAAGCUCCAUAAAGACCAGUAACCCUUUAAAACUAAGAUCUCUGAAAGUCAACUUCAUGGAAGAGGACACCAGCACAUUAGUACCAGCAUCCAAUGUACUGAGAUUAUACACAGACCCUCACAAGAGCCGGGGAGCUGCUGCUGCUGCCACAGAUGCUUCCUUACUCUCUGACAGAUCCCUUAUGAGUCCAGAACCCUCAAUCUACACAACAGCAAGUGCAAGAACACCUCCAAAGUCACCAGAGACACAGACAGCCAUAGCUUUCAACUUCCAUGAUGCUGGCAUACACAAAUAUAUAGAUGCUGACACUGAUGAUGAAGGUCAGCUGCUUUAUGAUUCAAGUCCACCCAGAAAUGUGAGUCCCAAGUACAAUGUUACAAACAGUGGCUAUCUAAAGCAAAGAGACAAUGUUUAUAGAACAGAGAAGAACCAUCUAGAAGCUGCUGCUUUACCCACCUCCCCUAAGCUGAUAGGACAAAACUGCAUUUACUCUAUGGAAGGUAUCACUGGAAGAACCCAGGUCAAUCAGGAGACUGUCAGACUAGAAAAUCACAUUUCUCCAGAAGUCCAUGUAUUACCAGGCAGUGGAGGACGUGGUAGCACACAUGAUCAAAGCAUCUGAAAUGGGCUCCAAAAAAAAAAACUUACUGAAAGUUUAAAGGAAUGUCUUUACAGUCAA